AUGCCUUCCUCUCUUCCUCGUCAUGGGGAAGUCCAGCACAAUGGAGUCGAGAUGGUCGCCACCAACGGUCCCAUCGGUCUUCAGCCGUUGACGUCCGGAAUCCGAUUGCAUCCGCGGGAUCGGAAACCCAUGGCAAAAGCUUACGAUACGUGUUUGAUACUGUUCCUCGAGUUCUACACAACCACUAUAAGCACCGCUGGGGCAUCCGUCGCAGAGAGGGCCAUAUACGAACUUGAAAUCAGCCCACUCUUGGCAACGUUUGCCUUUGUAUCAAGCUACCUGAUCGGACAGAGUAUUGGGGGUGUGAUCUUCCCCCCAUUUUCAGAAUCCUUUGGUCGUAAGAACCUCUACAUUAUCAGUACUGGGCUUUUUAGUCUAUGUUGUCUGGUAGUCGCCGUCUCAGCCGCUACUCCUAGCAUCAUUAUAGGACGGUUCUUCACCGGGCUUUUCUCCUCUAUUCCUACAAUUGUGACCACAGGGAGCAUAGAAGAUCUAUGGGAUACGCGCGCUAGAGUAUGGUGGGUUUUCCUAUGGGUGCUGGUGGCCAACAUUGGCCUCUUGGCUGGGCCCAUCAUCAGUGAUGCCGUCAUAGGGCACGCUCGCUGGAACUGGGUCUUCUACACAGCCGCAAUCGUCACUGCUUGCGUGGCCGUUCUCCUUGUCACCAUUACGGAGUCGCGGCCGUCGGUUGUCUUGGCUACGACAGCCGCUAACGCAAGAAGAGAAUCUCAACACCAGACCUUGGUAACAAGAUUAUUUGGCCAGCGAGAGCCCUUCGACGUCCUGCGGCCUCUCCGAUUACUGUUCACUGAGCCCAUCGUGUUUAUGGUCUCUAUCACGACUGCUGUUUCGUUUGGAAUAAUCUACUUAUUCACCCAGGUCCUUCCAAUUGUGUAUCAUACUUCAGGUCUCAAUGGGAGCCCGAAAAAUGUCCAAUUCCUCGCCAUUAUCCUCGGCACGCUGCUCAGCAUUCUAACACGUGGCUAUGAUCUCUGUGUACUCACUCGUCGAUCCGCACAGAAUUUACCGAUCACUCCAGAGAACAAGUUGGCUGGGUUUUUGAUUGGAGCACCGCUUCUGUCUAUAAGCCUCUGGUGGUUUGCCUGGACAAUUCCUCCAUUCGCCUACCUACACUGGGCCAUUCCAACAUCAGCCUUGGUUCUAACCGGUUACGCUUUGAACGAAUUCAACUACGUGCUAGCUGGUUAUCUCACAGACUGCUAUGAACAAUAUGCAGCGAGCAGUGUUGGGGCUAUGGCAAUAACGCGGUCGGUGUUUUCUGCGGCAUUUCCUUUACUUGGAAAAGGUCUAUUUCAAACACUCGGAUUCAACUUGGCCACUACUGUUCUUGCUGCUGUUGCAUCAGUACUUUGCAUCAUCCCCCCCCUCCUCCUUCGGUAUGGGAGGAAGUUUAGGGAAAAGAGCGUCUUGGCACGAGGUUAA